AUGGGUAUCAAACAAUCAAAACAUAAUUCUACCACCAUUGUAAGCAAUAUAAAAGACAAACCCGAUGUAUUAUUGAAAACAGAAAAACGAAAAAAGUUUCGCUCUUGGCGUUCAUCUGGUAUAACAGAUGUGAAUUCCUUAGAAAGUUGGAGAUUUUCACACGGUGGCAAAAGAAUUCACAAUUUAAAAAGCACAAAAUUGAUAGGUCCUAUCAUCGAUGAAGAGGUAGAAAGGUUACAGAGGCAACAUCGAUUGUUUAAACGAAUUUGGCAGAAUAAUUAUUCCGCACCCAUAGAAGAAAAAUUAAAAGAUGGUGGCGCAAGAGUACUUGAUGUAGGAUGUGGACCAGGAACUUGGACAAUCGAAAUGGCUGAAUCAUACCCAAAGACAUUAUUCACGGGCGUUGAUUUUGCUCCCAUAUUCCCACAGGAAAAGAAGCCCGAGAAUGCAAAAUUCCUCCAAGCCAAUAUACUUGACGGAUUACCAUUCCUGGAUGAUACCUUUGAUUUCGUUCACAUGAGACUUUUGGUGACGGCCUUUUCGUCUAAAGAAUGGGAGGAAAAGAUUAUCCCAGAGUUGGUUCGAGUCACACGACAGGGUGGAUGGGUAGAAUUCAUGGAAAGUGAUAUUCAAUACUACAAUGAUGGCCCAAUAACACAGCGUUUAACGAAUGCCUUAAUGACGUUCAUGAAAGCUAAAGGAAUCUUUCAACCAAUCAAUUCCCAUAUUCCCGACUCGAUGGAAGCCAACGAUAAAUUCGUAUCAGGGAUUAAAGUUGAAGAAAAAGCAUGUUUUGUGGGAAAAUGGGCCGGCGAAUUAGGUCAACUGGCUGUUGAUGACAUUACGAAAGGGUGGAAUGCAGUCAGGCUACCCAUGUCAAUAGUGAUGGGUACAAAGGCUAAUGAAUAUGAUGAAAUUAUACAAACUUUUGCCAAGGAGGUUGAGCAACACAAGACAUAUUUCAAGACUUGGAGAUUUUUUGGGCAAAAAGUUACAACUAAUUCAUCAUUUGCGAUAUCCACACCAUCAUGGGCACAAUCAGUAAAUAACGAAUAA